AUGCCUCCCCUUCUCGAUUGGCUCGUCGAGCACGAGCCUUUGUUCCGCAGGACCCGCCUCCCCUCUCUCUACUCGGACCUCAGCGUGCAGCGGAGCACGAACCCCGAAGGCUACGCCGCGAACCUGGUGGCAUGGACAUCAGCACUGACCCGCCUGACCAUGGCCGCACAGCUCCCACCAGAACAACACUCCCUGAUCCUGGCCACGUCCAACGAUCUGAUCUCCGCCCUCGCGUCCCCCGUCUACGGCCAGCCCAGUGGGCUGGGCAUCGUGCUGGACGACUGUGUAAGGCACGGAAAGAUGAUAGACCUGAAAGAUUUCAUGGCUGCCGACAGAAGUAGCAUCUACAGCAAGUCAUGGAUCCCCAGUCCUUGGGCGGUCCUCAAGUGGGGCCUAAGCCAGGUUGGUGUACCGCUUGGGAACGGUGCGAGUUACGAGUUAUCCGGCGGCCGGCUGCGGAGUGGCAAUUUGGUGGUUGUGGCUGCGUUGGAGGAGCGGUGGAAGAAGGUGCAGAUGAUACGAGACAAAGGACCCCAAGGUCUUACGGAUCGGAUUCUCAGUCGUGAGGCCUUCAUCCAAGAAGUCAAUGCGACUACGCAACAGCCGUUGUCGGAGCAGGAUGUGUCCGUGUUUCUUCGCUACCUCGCACACGACAAGCAGGUCCUGUCCUACGACGCCACCACCGUGAAAUUCAAAGCUGCGGCUACAAACAGACAACAGAUAGAACCAAUUACGCACGAAGACCAGCACAUCGCGUCACUGAAACUACUCAUCACUAACCUCACCUCGCAAAUCAGCACCCUCCAAUCCCGCAUUUCGACCCUCCAGGCCACAGCCCGCGAAGCAGUUCAACAACACAACAAGACCACCGCGCUGUCCGCCCUCCGCUCCAAGAAGCUCGCCCAGCGGAAUCUCUCGUCCCGCUCCGACACGCUGCAUCAACUGGAGGAAGUAUAUUCUAAGAUUGAAGCCGCGGUGGACCAGAUCCAGGUGGUGCGCGUCAUGGAGGCGAGUGCUGGGGUGCUGAAGAGGCUGAACUCGCAGGUCGGCGGCGUGGAGAGGGUCGCGGAUGUGAUUGAUCGAUUGAGCGAGGAGAUGGGCAAGGUCGAUGAGGUCACGGGUGUGCUUGCCGAGCCGUUGGAUACCAAGGCGGCACUGGAUGAAGAUGAGGUCGAUGAAGAACUUGAGGUUCUGGAGCGUCACGAGCGCGAGAAGGUCCAGCGAGCCGAGGCGGAUGCGACACAGAAACGGUUGGCGGAGUUGGAGAUUCUCGAGAGGAUAAAACAGAGAGAGCUUCAGGAGACAACACAGCUGCAAUCGCAAGCGGCAAGCGAUGCGGAAAACGCAGCGCUCGAGCGGGACUUGUCCUCGAGCAUGGAGAGACUACGCACGAUGGACUUGAAUACGCGCGCGAGAGCCCAGCUGCAACAAAACCAAGAACAACCACAGCAACAACAGCCAAUCCAAGAGCCUGCUCCAUGA